UCCAGAACCUGACCUGCAUCUUCUUCAUUCUUUCGUCUGCAUUGGAAAAUCGACGUCGUACAAAUAUUCUCUGCAUCCCUUCAGUUAUCUCGGGAGAUACAGGACCUUCUGGAGACUUGAACUUUAGGAACAAUCUCACCCAAGGACCAAAAGAUAACACACCUCGAAAAGGACAGACAAACAAUCAAACAACUGACAACAUACCUCCACUCCUAAAACAUCAAAAAUUCACUUCCAACCAUGGCCAAUUCAAUCCAUCGACCCCGCAGCGACCUCACCAAAGAAAUAACCCCCAUAGUAAUGGGCGGAGCAGCAUGGUCCCACCAACUAAACCCGGACGCAGAAACGCGCCCCAUAAUCCCCGUCAUCCUCAAAGCCUUCUCCCACGGCAUCCGCACAAUCGACACAUCACCCUACUACGAGCCCUCUGAAAAAAUCCUCGGAAAGGCCCUCGCAAACCCCCAAAUCACAUCGCUUUACAACAGAAAAGACUAUUUUCUCAUGACCAAAGUUGGAAGGAUUGCCAGUGAAGAGUUUAAUUACUCGCCUGAUUGGGUUAGAGAAUCUGUGGAGAGGAGUUUGGAGAGGUUUCAGACUGGGUAUUUGGAUGUGGUGUUUUGUCAUGAUGUGGAGUUUAUUUCUGAUGAGGGGGUGGUGGCUGCUGUUUCUGCACUUUGGGAGUUUGUGGAGAAGGGAAAGGUUAGGUAUGUAGGUAUUUCGGGCUAUCCCAUUGAUAAAUUGGUGAGGGUGGCGAGGAAGUGCAAGGAGAUGGGGAAACCGCUUGACAUUGUGCAGAAUUGGGGACAAUUGACGUUGCAGAAUACGAGAUUGAAGACUGAAGGGUUGAGGGAGUUGAAGGAAGCGGGAGUGAAGGUGGUGUGUAGUAGUUCGCCUUUGAAUAUUGGCUUGUUGAGGGCUCAGGGUGUGCCGAUUGGAACACUCGGAGACUGGCACCCUGCCCCCUCUGGUCUCCGUCAGGCAGCCGCAAAUGCAGCCACUUAUGCAGCAAAACACAACGAUGACCUAGCUAGCCUGGCUCUCCGCUUCGCCGUCCGAGAAACCGCCAACAAAGACCCUUCUCUGCCCACUAUGUCCCUUAUCAUGGGACCUGGCAGUGUUGAAGAAGUAGAGUCUUGUGCUGCUGCUGCAAACAGCGUUCGUGAUAACAGCGCCAAAGGAGAGUUUGGAGACUUGAGAGAUGAAGUCGUAUUGGACAAGGAGGGAGAGAAGAGCGAUGAGAAGUUAGUGGAAGGUGUGAGGGAGAUUCUGGGAGAGUGGAUGGAUUUCUCCUUCAUUAGUCCGCCCGAGGGGUGGAGUGUUAAGGAAGGAAAGAUGAUGAAGUGAGCGACCGGUCAUGGUGUGUACGUUUGUUUGUUGUAUAUUAAGUCUCCUUAGGAUGGAAUACAUAGAUAUAUAGUUGCAAAAAGGUCCCCCUUCCC